AUGAAAGCUACGGGCCUAUAUCUACUUGUUGCUGUAAUUCCGGUUCUAGUUAACUCAUGUCUUGUUGUCAAGUCCCCGCCAUGUACUUGUCCCAUCGCAGUUCUGGACUGGUCCAACAUCGAUCAGUUUGCUGGUCAAUCAUGGUAUGAUUACGUUGUCCAACGUGCUCUCACCACACCAACUAUAAAACCCUUCGAAAAUAACUGCGGUACCUAUAUUCAUUGUCCACGUCCUUAUACUCUGUAUGACGCUGAGUUUGUGGAUGUGAACGAUAAAAGGAGACCGACCCAAGCUGUAGGGCAUUGUGAUCAGAAGACUAACACGUGGAAUGUUACAGAUGGGCUAAUCUCGCAUGAGACCACUAAAUGGUCUCCGAUUUGUGUUGAUGAAUCAAGUUUGGAAUUCUAUCCUCUCCAAUCAAAGUUCCCAACUUUUCAGCGGAAGAAUUUUGCACUCCCAAAACUAACACCACUUUUCUUUUUGCAUAUUCCAAUGAUAUGGAUGCAGCAAAAGUGCAAGAAAUAG